AUGGUACAAAACAGAAAAAAGAACAAAAAAUGCCGCAUCCAGAAAAUCAUCCAGCUGCUCGAAAACAACGAAGAAGACGAGCAAACCCUAAUCCCGUACAUCAUCGAAAUAGAACAAAUAUUCUUCGAAUGUUUUAACAAUGAAAAAAAAAAAAAGCGAAGGAUAAUUAACACGUACGUCAUUCCGUAUGUAAACUUACUCCUCGAGCGCGUAGAUAAUGGGGAUGCAAAAAUUAAUUACCCCUUUAGGGAUAAAUUGCUAACAAGAAUAUUAACCUUCCUCUCAUCUGUCCUACGGAUUAACAAAAAUUAUGCACACUUAGUUGUCUCCUACUUUGUAAACCUAAUUGAACAGAAGUAUUAUGUUGUAAAAAUUGUUGACCAUUUAAAAAAAAUUAUCAUCCCCUUGUUGAAAGGGCUUAUAUUUUCGAAAGCCUGUUUACACGACUUUGGAGAUAGUUCCUUGUACGAUAAUGAUGAAGAAAGGGAGGAAGAAAAAAGAAACGAAGUGAAUAAUAUCAAACAAGGGUUCCAUAAUUAUGUCAUACUGAAAAGCAAAAUUUUCAACAUCCUAACGAACUUCCAUUUCGAUAAAGGGGCAACGGAAAACCCGUACAAAUAUGACUUAAUAAAAAACUUGAUGCUAAUUUUGACCAAGGAAGUUUUAUUUUUCUUUCACAUUUUAAAAAAUAAAAAAAAUAUAUUUAAAGAAAUAUUAAGUGAGCAGAAGCAAGUUCACCAUGUAAUUAACCAAGUCUUCGACAUAGCAUACCUCAAUGUUGUUACAGACAAGGUUAAUAUGAACAGUUAUGAUGAAAUUAUUAUGAUAUGGCUCGAGCAGGAUAUCCAACUCUUAAACGAUUUGAUUCUUUUUAACCUUAGUAAAAAUGGAAAUAAUACCAAUGAUCUGGCCAAGAAUGAAUUAUCUGUGCACAAAAUAAAGGAGGAGUUGGGGGAAAAAACACCCCUUGCAAAAAAAGGGGGGAGAAAAAAAAAAUUAAAAUCUGAGCAAAAUGUGAAAAUGGAAUGCAUAAUUAAGCGCGAAAAUGACGAGGAAGAAACGGACAUAAAGGAAGAAUGGAGUAGCAGGGAUGGGGAUGUACCCAAGUUGGAAAUUUUUAACAAAUUGAUAGCCCAAUUUAAUGGGGGGUGUGCAGAUGGCGGGAAACAUGUGACAUGCGAAAGUUCGCACGAAAAAAAUGCACACGAAAGUGUGUUCGAAAAUGUGUACGAAUGUGCCUACCAAUACGGUGGAGAAGCUGCGCAGGGAGCUUCGCCUUCUGACACCCCCCCCGAGGGAGAAGCACAGGAGGAUUACCACGAACUCGCGAGAAAGUAUGUCAUAAGUACAGACUGUCUAAUAUGCACCAUUGAUCAAAUCACAACGGACAAUAUCAUUUUCCUCACGCAUCUGAUGAGAAAUGUAUUUUACCUAAUCCGCGAAGUCCCCUUUGUGUUCAAUUUUUUCCUUAAGAAUAUUUUCAUAAUGGUGAGUGAAUUGGUGCGAAUACAGGGAGGUGCAGCGGAGGGGAAAAAGCGCAUCGACGAGUGUGAAGAGGAUGCCUCUGCAGAGGAUGAUCAGGCUGCCUCCCCCCACGACGAAACAGGCCUAAGCAGUUAUAAGAAAAAACUGUUUAACUGCAUGGUUCAGUAUAUCAAAAACGAACUGUAUUUGCUUAUAUGCAAAAGUAGUGUAAAUUUCCCCUUCUACUACGCAUAUGUUACGAGCUUGCUAAACCUGCUGGGGGAAGAAGGCAGCACAGAGGAAUUAGUAAAAAAAAAGGCAUCCAUAAAGAGCACUCUGUUAGACGUCGAAAAGGAAAAAAGGAGGAAGGUGCACGAAAAUAAUCUCAUCUACAAUUGUGAAUAUUUAAAAACAAAUGUUUUGAGGAAGGAUUUCUAUGGGUAUAAGAAAUUAAAAAAUGAGCAGGUGGAUAUCAUGUCCUACUUAAAGGUAAAAAUGAACGAAAGCGAAAAUGAGCAGGAAAACGUGAGCGAAAAUAACAGGGACGAUUUCCUUAAAAAAGAGGAAAAGGAAAAUAUAUUUAUAAAUCAAAUUGUGAAAAAAUUAUAUCUCACAAAUUUUAAAAUGGACAAGGAGUAUUAUGAAAGGUUCGACUGCUCGAAAAGGAGCAACGUGAAGGAUCUCUUUUGUAGAAGGAAGGGGCCAAACGAAGGUAGAACAGACCUUUGCGAUUUUUAUGCCUAUGACCGGGAUGUGCCGCGAAACGGUGAAACGGCCAUCACUAAUAGGGUUCGAAGCAGCACAGUGGGAUUUUGUGAGGAGAAGAAUGCUGUAGGGAAAACCCCUGUUGGAGAAAACCACAGCAAAGAUGUAGACGGAGAGGGAAUCCCCAACGGAGGAGACGCAAACCACAUUAUGCCACAUAGCGCAGAAAUGAACAAAGCGUCGAACGAGAAUCAGAAGGGCACCCAGGCUCACGUUCUCCGAAGGAACUACAAAGGUAUGUACGCCAACUUUUUAAAGAACGAUCUGAAAUAUUACAACAAUGUUAAAUCGAACGACAGCAUCCUGGGGACAGUGGAAUUGUAUUACUUUCUCAUUUUUUCACAAAUACUUAAUAACAACUUGGAAAAUAAAGUUCCAGUGUUGGGUGAAAAUAUCUUCAUCAAAAGGAUUAAUAAUUUAAAAGUUAUAAAUAACGUAAUUAAGAGGAUAAUUUUAAAUGACAUGAUGAAAGAAAAGCUGAAAUUUUAUUUUCUUAUUUUGUACUUGGUGAAGAUUAACACCGUGUGUAUAUUCAAGGGAAAGAUCCCCAGUGAUGUUUUCCUAAAUUACUCCGCCAUAUUUAAAAUUUUUAACAAUUUAUUGUUUUUUUCGUACAUCCAGGAUGAAAAAAAAAAGCAGGUAAAAGGGGAAGGUCAGCACAAACGCAGAGGAGGUUCUGCACACCAAACGCAUGACCAUCAUUAUGAUCACACGUUAGGCUACACAACCUUUUGCUACAAUUAUUUGGAUAAAUUAAAAAAGAAAAUAAAAACAAAAGGAUAUGCUUACAGACAAGAAUUGCAGAAGAGCAAGUUCAAAGCCAAAUGCAAAUAUGAUGAAAUCUUAAAUAUCAUGAUUUUUUUUUUACAUAAUGAUAAAUUAUUAGCCAACCAUCGAGAUCAGUAUAUUAAAACUUUUAUUGAACAAAUUUUGGAGACCCCUAAGUUGACCUUCUCCUUUUUUAUCUACCUGAUUAUCUGGCUGAACAAUAUAGACGUUUAUAUCGAUUACACUGGCUAUAUUAACAAUUCGAAUAGUGGCCAUAUAUCCCGUUCGGAAGGGGGUGUGAAUAAAAGAGAAAUAAUGAACCAAGCUGUGGUGACGGAGGGGUUCAAGGAGGCCUACAUAAAAAGGGGAGAGAUGCCCGGCGAAGGGGAAGAUUCCAACGUGAGCCAGACGAAUCCCCUGAUAAGCAAAAAAAACGAAGAUAAACACAGCACAGUAGCAAAUGAAGGGGAGUAUUAUCACACGACGAAUGGUGGUGACCCUCGCUCUGUAAUUGCUUCCCAUGAGGAGAAACCCAAACAGGACAAGAACUACCCGUUUGAUCAACACACCUGCAGUGUUUGGUCGGAUGGAUCUGCCUCUCACUUCGAUGUUGAAUUAAGCGAAAGUGAUGACACAGAAGAUUAUGCAAAUGAAGAAAAUAAAGUGGACCCAUUCAAUACGGAGGAGAAGGACAACGAGAGGGACAACAGCCAAGGUGAUGAUCCACACAAAAGCUUUAAUUCGCAAGAAAGUGAAAUUUUACAAAAUGGCGACACUGGCGUAGGGGUACCGAGAGGAAACCUUGCCAAUGUAUCAAUCUGCAGUAAAGAGAUUGACCAGGGAGAUAACACUGGCGAAGCAAAUAUAUGCAAUGAGAAUAUUUCCAGUGGGGACGAAACGCACAAACGAAGUGGUGCGUAUAAAAUUGUCACAAGGAAGAACUCUCAUAGGAACAAGGAAAAAGACGACGCUUCUCUCAUUACAAGCGAGGAAAACGAAGUGGACGAACCCAUUUUUAACAUCAAUUAUUACAUUAAGUACUCCCCUAAGGUGCAGAGCGCUUCGAAUUAUUACAUUUUUUGCUUUUCCUUGAUUUCCAAUUUGUUGAAGAAAAAUCAAAACAUAAGAGCGAAGAAAACUAUUUUAGCCAUCUAUAUAAACACGCUAUUUAAAUCUAGCAACGAAAUUAGAAACCUUUUAAAAAAACUCAUCACUGCAGCGAAGGGAAUUUACAACAAUGCGUUAAGCUUUUUUGUUUACACGAAAAGGGUAUACAGAUUUUAUCACCAAGUUUUUAUUUUAUUUUUACUAUACAUUUGUAAUAUGUACAUUCCCCAUUUGAAAAAUGACAUCCUUUUUUUUCCCACUUUGCCUUUUACCUCUGGCCAAUGGAAUUAAAUGCGGUCUUUAAAAAACUAUGAGUUUGUUAAGGAGAAAUUAAGUGAAUACGUGAAGGGUCUCGAUCGCCCCGAGAUCUUCCAAUCAGUGGAAUCGUUCCUGACACAGACGGACUUCUUCAACACGGGUAAGGUGGCUGACCAGGGGGGCGCAGCAGCAAGUGGGGGACACUCUGAGGGGGCGCAAGUGCCCGUGAAAGACGCGGAAGAUGGCAGCGAGGAAGGGGGAGAAGAGAAAAAUGCCGACGAUGAAAAAAACAAAGAGGGUGACUACAGACACGGAGAAGACACUGGCGAGGGCGACUACAAGUACGGAGAAGACACUGACGAGGACUACCACCAUGAGGAAGCCCAGGAGUGCUUGCACAAGAACGAAAUAUCGCAGAAAAUCCUGCUCGAAGAAAUCUUCGUUCGGUUGUUCAUGCAAGCAGUAGAUCUACUAGAAGACAACAAAAUGGUCGCCAGAAUGAAAAAGGGAAACGUUUUUCUAAACUUUGUGAGUAUUCAUUACGUGGAUGCCUUGUGCAAAUUUGUCCUCAUGAAGGUAGAAAAGGUGUACCAGAAGAACAAGGCCCAGUUUUGGGCCCACUUUUCCACACUUCUGAACGAAUCACCAGAAGAGGAUAAAAAGAAAAUGGCUGACCAGGAGGAGAGAAUUGUAGAAUUGAGAGAAAUUUUACAAUUUUUUCUCAACGCAAUUGAUAACUUCCUAAGCAUCUGCGUCAGAUCGUCGAUAUUUUUUCACCUCUACUUGAACACAUAUGCCAAUUGUGUAAAAAAAGAAGUGAAGACAAUUCUGUUGACCAAGUUUGUAGCCUCCCUCCCCUUGUUAAAGUCCCUUUUCCAUGAGGAGUUUUUUAGGAUUUUGAAAUAUAAUAAUAACAAGUGGAGUAACCAGAAUGUGGAGAAGGGAAAAGAAGCUGGUGAGAAGAAACAGGAAGACGGAGCUGCUUCUUCCGAAACGAAUGUCAUAAGAGACGGUGUGGAAGACGCCGAGCAGGGAAAAGACACGGAAAAUGAAAACAAAAAUGAACAGAAAAAUGAAAACAAAAAUGAACAGAAAAAUGAACAGAAAAAUGAACAGAAAAAUGAACAGAAAAAUGGUGUUACAAAAGGGGGAGAAACGGACGCGAAUAACGAAAACAGCUCUUUCCAAGUUAAUAUAGAAAUUAUAAAAUACGUAAGUCGAAAUUUGAGUGAAUACACAACCGCAUCGUCUGUCCCCUCGUGGGAAAGUCGCACAAAUUUUCUUAAUUUCUGCUACAAUUUGUAUUUGGAAAACAACAACGUAUAUUUUAUUAUCGAAUUGAUUGCCUUUUUGAAGAAGGAGCAAACUAUUCAUAUAUUUAAUGAAAUAAUUAAAAAUGAUAUGGACGAAAAUACCAAAGUGGACCUCCUCAAAUGCUGCAUCAACAAAAUUGUAAAGUUGCCAUAUUUUUACAUUGUCGAAAAGCAAAAUGAAAGUGAAAAUGAAUCAUACUACAUCACGAAUAUUGAAAUUUUUUACUUUUAUUACAACUUGAACAAAAAUAAAAAUAUCCAAAAAAUUAUGCUGGACUAUUUUGUCACCAAAGUGAACUUACACUCUGUUGAUGAUCAGGAAAACAAAAUGUUCAACGAUAUUACAAUAAAAGAUUUGGCCAAUAUAAUUCAGCAGAUUGCGGAAAAUAGCAAUGCCAUAAUCCCCAUUUAUGGAAGGUUCCUAUGUCAAAUUAGCAAAAAUAUUAACAUUUUGCGCGAAUUCAUAAGUAGUAUUAUUAUUCCCCUGUUGAUACAAAAAAAAAUUUGGAACAACAAGGUUAUAUGGAAGGGCUGUUUGAUGUGCAUAUCGAUGUUGUGGCCCGAUUUCAAGCACUCCCUUUUUUACGUUUUUUUUAUGUUGCCCGCGGACGAAUGCACCACGCUGUUCAACGCCCUACAGCAGAAGUACCCCCUGACAAGCGACCUCAUCGAGCUAAUAUCGUCCAACGAGCAAGCUAAGCGCAUGUGCCCUGAACAUUUGAAGAAUCUGCUAAACACAUGA